AACAAGAUCCAGGAAAUGCCAAACUCGAUCAUCAGUCCAACAUAAGAUAUAUAGAACCAUUAACUUGGUAAUUACUAAAGAGAGAGAUCGAGUAGCUAGUCAGAUAUGGCCACUACUACUUCACUCUCCAAAGUACUCCUCCCAAUCUUCCUCAUAAUCCUCGUCUCCGCACUCAUUCCCCAAGCUCAUUCGGAAUCCGAGAGUGAAGAAUGCGGGUCUGAAACUGCCAACGUCUGCGUCAACAAGACAAAAGCUCUGCCCCUGAAAAUCAUAGCCAUUGCCUCAAUCUUGGUCACCAGCAUGAUCGGUGUGUCCUUGCCGCUCCUCACCCGCUCAGUACCUGCCUUGCAUCCCGAUGGAAACAUAUUCGUGGUCGUCAAGUGCUUUGCCGGUGGCAUUAUUCUCGGCACGGGGUUCAUGCACGUUUUGCCAGACUCUUUCGAGACAUUGUCAUCGAUUUGUUUGCCUGAUAAGCCCUGGCAUAAGUUCCCCUUCUCUGGAUUUUUCGCUAUGUUGUCUGCUAUUGUGACUAUGAUGGUCGACUCCAUGGGUACUAGCAUAUACAGCAGGAGAUCUAAAGCCGGAGUUAACCCCGAUACUGAUGGUGUUACAGCCACUGAUGGAGACCAAGAGCUAGCUGUGGCGGCCGGGGGACAUGGACACUUUCAUUCACAAAAUCAUCAAGUCGUCAAGGGAUCAGGAGAAGGCGAGUCACAGUUGACACGCUUUCGCGUUGUUGCCAUGGUGUUGGAACUGGGAAUUAUUGUUCACUCAGUUGUUAUCGGGCUUUCUCUUGGUGCUACAAACAACACUUGCACCAUCAAAGGUCUUGUAGCUGCCCUUUGCUUCCAUCAGAUGUUCGAAGGCAUGGGCCUUGGUGGUUGCAUUCUACAGGCUCGGUAUAAAUUCAUGAAGAACGCAGUAAUGGUGUUCUUCUUCUCAGCAACAACCCCAUUCGGAAUAUUACUGGGAAUGGCCAUUUCAAACACGUACAAAGAAAACAGUCCAAAGGCAUUAGCUACAGUAGGACUGCUGGAUGCAUGUUCAGCUGGGCUCCUCAUCUACAUGGCUUUGGUUGAUCUUCUCUCCGUUGAUUUCAUGGGUCCAAAGUUGCAACGCAGCAUUAAGCUUCAGAUCAAGUCUUACAUGGCAACAAUUUUGGGUGCUGGUUGCAUGUCUCUGUUGGCAAAGUGGGCUUAA